AUGGCACCACAACACGGGCUACUGGCGCUGCUGCUGAUCGCUGGACUAACCAUCGCCUACGAGCUGACGCUCGAGGGUGAGCUGGAGUUGGGCAUCAAGGAUUGGUCCUGCAAGUCGUACUGCAACAACUGUAACUGUACCGCCGAGUUUAAUCGCGAGCAGAACAAGUGCAUCUGCCACUGUCCGGAGCCGACUGAAAAAUCGGCGUGCUUCAAGUUUGUCCAGGAGACGAACAACAUUCUUGGCAUCCACUAUGAGCUGGAUGUGAUCGAUGCGAAUAGUUCACCGAGCAAUCGUCCUAAACGUCAGGCCGGUAAAGCCUUUCGGCAGGAACGUUUUGCUAAGCGCCGGGAAGCCAUAAAGCGAGCACAAGAGAAAAGAAAGGAUCGACGGCUGAGAUCGAGGCCAGGACUAGUGGCGGCUCGUGAGCCAGCAGCAGCCGAGUAGGAUGAUGGCACUAGCAUAAGCUUGUUAAUUUGGACUCAUUUUCAGUUAAGAAGUUACUUAAGAAGUGAAUUUACAUGAUAUUCUGA